GCAGCCUUCUCAGCCUCGUUGCGUCAAGAUGAGCGACAACUUCCUCGACACCGACGUUAUGAUCUUGCCGUCUUGCGAUUCUACGCUACAACUUCUACAGAACUACAACGACUGUUGCCGCCCUGACCUCACGCCGUAUCAUGGAUGGCCUUUCCGGAGCGGCAAGCGUGAUUGCCGUCAUCGACAUAUCCGCUAAGGUCGCGUCGCUCUGCUUCCAGUACUCAGUCGCCGCGAAGGACGCAAAGAGGGACAUCGAACGCCUCCAACAAAAAGCGACCAAUAUCAAGAACGUCCUUGAAGAGCUUCAACAGCUUGUAGACAAGCAAGGAUCGCAGCUCCCUUCUACACACAAGUUACUAGAGUUACUCAAGGAAUGUCACCAGCAGUUGCAAGACCUUGAGGGUAGACUUCAGGCCAAUCUCGAGCCUAGCGGACGCCGAAAGGCCAUGAGCAAGCUCGGUUUUCGAGCCUUGAAAUGGCCUUUCACGAGCAAGGAGGUAGAGAAGGCGGUUCAAUAUCUUGGGAACUAUAGAAACACUUUUAGCCUUGCGCUUCAAGUUGAUCAGACGGCCCUCAUUCUUCGCGUCGACCAGAAGACUGACACGCUGUCAUUACCUACCGCCAAAGGCGCUUCCUUCGACUCGCACCUAGAAGAACAUAACUCGACGUGCCUUCCGAACACCCGCACUGAGUUACUGCGCCACAUACAAGAUUGGGCGAACGACGAAAACGGUAAAGCAAUAUUUUGGCUGAAUGGCGCGGCAGGAACAGGAAAGUCUACAAUUGCUCGUACGGUGGCCCGGACCUUCGCCGACCAGCAACGACUAGGGGCCAGCUUCUUCUUUAAGAGGGGCGAGGGGGAGCGGGGGAACGCCACUCGAUUCUUCACCACCAUUGCUACACAACUGGCUCAUCAUGUAUCGGGGUUAGAACCCGGAAUCAAGAAGGCGAUUGAAGCUGAUCCAGCCAUAUCUGAGAAGACUCUGAAGGAUCAAUUCGAGAAGCUGAUCCUCCAUCCGCUCUCAGACAUGGCACAUCCACCAGCCUUGAAACUACUCGUCGUAAUAGACGCUUUAGACGAAUGCGAGACAGACAAUAACAUACGAGUGAUCCUCCAGCUCCUUUCGCAAACAAGGAAUCUUAAGUCGGUAUCAUUGCGUGUUUUCGUGACAAGCCGACCAGAACUGCACAUCCGCCUAGGAUUUAAACAAUUGCCCAACGGUACAUUCGAAGACUUCAUCCUGCACGAAGUCGCAAAGCAAACAAUUCAACACGACAUACACGUCUAUAUCGAGAUCGAGCUCACUAAGAUAAGAGAAGAGCGGUGCCUUCCAUUAGAAUGGCCCGGAGAAAAGCGCAUCCAGACACUGGUGAACAUGGCAGUCCCUCUGUUCAUUUUUGCAGCCACAAUCUGUCGUUUCGUAGGAGAACUCACUGGAAAUCCCCGAAGGCGUCUAGAGGACAUCCUUAGCUACGAAACGGAAGAUGUGAGCAAGCUUGGCAUGACAUACCUCCCUAUUCUAGAGUCACUGUUUGCAACUCAGGAUAAGAAGGAGAAAAUGAAGCUCUCUAGAGAGUUCCAAGAUAUAGUUGGGAGCAUCGUGGUUCUAGAGAGUCCUCUCUCUAUCACUUCGCUUGCACACCUCCUAGGAAAGGCCAAGGAUGAUGUCAACUGCCGAUUGGACUCCCUGCACUCUGUGCUCAACAUACCAAACCACGAUGAUGCGCCCGUUCGACCUCUGCACUUGUCGUUCCGCGAUUUCCUGGUCGAUAUGUCCAAUCAGAAGAGUCUGUUUUGGGUAGACGAAAGAGCAAGACACAAGGAGCUAGCGUCUUAUUGCCUUCAACUUAUGUCGAAGCCAAACGGCCUACGACAGAACAUGUGCGACUUACAGCCUGGGACUUUGAGAAGCGAGGUUGAUGAAGAGAGGAUUAUACGCAAUCUAUCGCCUGAAUUGCAGUACGCUUGCCGUUACUGGGUGUAUCAUCUCAAGCAGAGCCAGCGUCUUAUUAAUGAUAACGCUACUGCAGAUACGUUCCUCCGGAAACAUUUCCUUCACUGGCUUGAAGCGAUGAGUCUACUCGGAGAGACGAGUAAAUGUGUCUCUUUGCUAGAAACACUUUCUACGCUAGUUGAAGCAUCAAAUGGUGCACUUUCUGCGUUGCUCCAUGACGCUCGACGAUUUACUCUUCGAUUCCGACAUAUACUCCAAGAUGCACCUUUGCAAAUAUAUUCGUCAGCGCUUAUAUUUGCCCCAGAAGCAAGUAUAGUGCGGAAAGCUUUUGUAGACGAAAUGCCAGAGUGGAUUGAGCUAUUGUCAAAAAGAGAAGAGGACUGGAAUGCGUGCCGCAGCGUGCUCGAGGGCCAUACCUCCGGCGUCAACGCCGUCGCCUUCUCGCCCGACGGCCAGCUGGUCGCGUCCGCCUCAGACGACAACACAGUGCGGGUGUGGGAAGCGGCGACGGGGUCGUGCCGCAGCGUGCUCGAGGGCCAUACUGACGGCGUCACCGCCAUCGCCUUCUCGCCCGACGGCCAGCUGGUCGCGUCCGCCUCUUGGGACAAGACGGUGCGGGUGUGGGAGGCGGCGACGGGGUCGUGCCGCAGCGUGCUUGAGGGCCAUACCUCCUACGUCAACGCCGUCGCCUUCUCGCCCGACGGCCAGCUGGUCGCGUCCGCCUCAGACGACAAGACGGUGCGGGUGUGGGAGGCGGCGACGGGGUCGUGCUGCAGCGUGCUCGAGGACCAUACCUCCUUCGUCGAGGCCAUCGCCUUCUCGCCCGACAAUCAGCUGGUCGCGUCCGCCUCUUGGGACAAGACGGUGCGGGUGUGGGAGGCGGCGACGGGAUCGUGUCGCAGCGUGCUCGAGGCCCAUACUGACGGCGUCAAAGCCGUCGCCUUCUCGCCCGACGGCCAGUAUAUCCAAACAAAUUGCGGUGAUAUUUGCUUGCACUCUCCUACUACGCCAUUGCUGUUGUCCCAAAGAGUGCAGCCGUCCCAGAUCUUUGUGCAAGACCAGUGGAUUUCUCUACACCAACAGCAGAUGCUAUGGCUUCCUUCUGAAUAUCGACCAACUUGCGCUGUAGUUCACAGAAGCGUAGUAUUUUUAGGGCAUUCUUCAGGUUGUAGUACGUUCCUCAAAUUUGAUGCACAGGUCUAG